AUGUUGUCGAAAACCUCUAGCUUUGAGCAUGAGGACAAAGAAUAUGAUGGGCCGAAAAACGGGAUCACCGAAUUGGGUAAGAUGGCCAAGGCCGAAGCUUCGUUUGUCCCGGCCGAAGUUGCGGCCAGAAUGCCGUCCAACUUUAAGUGUCCAACAAUCUGUCAUCUAAAUGUAAGUUGCUUUUAUUGUUGUGGAUAUCUUUUUUUAGGAAGGUUACAUUUUUGGAGAUGAAUUAGGAGAGCUGAUGGAAGAAGAACCUUCGCCUUUCUGGUGUCAGAUGUAUUAUUAUCAAUUCGACUACAAGGUGAGCUCUUCUUAAUGAAUGUGCGACGUUGUUUAAUUUCGACAGGCAUGAUGAAUUCAUGGGUUUGUUCCUCGAUGAGUGACGCUUUAUUUUCAGCUGAACUCCUAUCGGGCGUAUACAAAUGAGAUCAUAAUUGAUGGAUUAUGUACACCGGCAAAUUCUACGCGAUUUUCCUUGGGAAUCAAGGGAUGUGUGGGGGGAAAUGAAGUGGCAGAGAAGGCGAGGAGGCAAAUAGGUAUGCGAUAUUACCUAUUUUUAUCUUGUACACGGUCAAAGAUAGUUACGAUGGCCAUCGUAAGAUACUGUGGCCACCAGUUUUUGCCCAAUGGCUACCAUAUUUGGAAUUACUGAUGGAAAUUUCAAUUUCAAUUUAUUUACGCUAAUCACAUGCAAAAAGUCAUGGAGUGUAUCAUAAUGGUUUCUAUUGUCCGGUCAGUGUAAGAUCGCUCCACCGGAGGCCAUGAUUCUUGCCAGCAUCGACGAUCCAUCUCAUCCUGAAGCGCCCAAACGGUCGUGUAUAGGGGGAUGUCGAAUUCAUGCUGAUCACUUUCGUUUCCAACGAUUUCUUGAAUUGCUUCAAUUUUCCCUCGGUUUGGAUUGAUCUAACAUUGACAGUAUGAACUUGAAAUCCAUUACGAUGAAGAGCUACUGUCCCAGGCGAUGGCAAUACGUUGACUACUGAUGGCAAUACGUUGAAAAGUUAUAUGCCAUGUUGAAAAAAAAAAAUUUUGUCGAGACAAAAGAUUGUUGUCUUUCGGUACUCCGGGCCCUGCUCUAAAGGUCACAGCCAAAGUUAUGCGACGGAACCUAUCCGAGGGCCGAAAAAAACUAUGCUUUUCUUUCGAUGCUUGCGUUUGUAAAACGCUACUGUAAGGCAUGCCACUCACUACUUUUACUUAUGAUGACGCCGUCUAAUUUGACCAAAAUCGGCAAAGCCCAGAACAAACCCAGAAUUUUGUCCGCUAUUGUGAUUGUAUUGGUAUUUUUCAGGCGAUGGCUGCCGCUUGACUCGCCGAGGGCCCGAAGUUUAUCUCCAAUGUCUUACUGACUCUCCUCUCUUCUUACAAUGUCCUUUAUAUGCCGUUUCAAUUGGAGAUGACCAAGCUACUGUCUAUCGAUUAGCCCAACGUAAGUCGACUCUGUUUUUCGAGUACUGUGUUUUUAGCACAAGUUAUUCAGAUCUUCAAUGAUACGAGGUUUGAAGAGCUUUUGGACAUUUAUCUCAAAAACAAUUCGACUUACAAGCAAUUGAGAGACCUUCAGGUGUGUAUAAAUAAUAAUUCAUGAGCAUUCUAUUUGUUUUCUCUACUAUGCUAUUUUACUCUAUUUCAUUCGUUGUAUGGCUGUCGGAUUCGAUUUUAAAGGUCUUUUCUAAUUAGUCCAAUUACCUAAAUAUCUAAAAUAAUCUAAAUAUUCCUUCCAGAAUAUGUGCCAUGUCCGAAUUAGCUUCGUCAAGGGAUGGGGAAGUUCAUACAGACGGCGCACAGUAACAACCACGCCCUGUUGGGUGGAGAUGUAUAUGGUUCAUCCAUUGGAGAGGUUGGAUGAGUGCAUGAGACAAUGCGAGGAAUGGAAUAGGAACCCGGUCGAUGAAUUCGCAAAUGAAGCUGACGAGGGAUUGGAUCCAUUGACCUUUACUGAAGAUGGCUAUGAUGACAAGCAUGGGAUAAAUGGAAAUCCGGAAGAAAAUUGGGAUGGGAAAGAUAAGGAAGUGCAGAAAAGUCAUCGAUAG